CUCAGCCCACCAGAGAGAGAGAGAGAGAGAGAGAGAGAGAGAGAGAGAGAGAGAGAGAGAGAGAGAGCGUUUAAAGGCAGUGCAGGCAUGAUGUCCUACAUUAAGCAGCCCCAUUACGCGGUGAACGGGUUAACGCUUUCUGGCCCGGGCAUGGACCUCCUCCACUCCGCCGUGGGAUACCAGAACACGCCCCGGAAGCAGCGGCGCGAGCGCACCACCUUCACUCGCGCGCAGCUGGACGUCCUGGAGGCGCUGUUCGCCAAAACGCGCUACCCAGACAUCUUCAUGCGCGAGGAGGUGGCGCUCAAAAUCAACCUGCCGGAGUCCAGAGUGCAGGUGUGGUUCAAAAACCGUCGCGCCAAGUGCCGCCUGCAGCAGCAGCAGAGCACCGGCCAAUCGAAACCUCGCCCACCCAAGAAGAAGGCGUCUCCGGCCAGGGAGACCCCGUCCGAGCCCAGUGCCAGCACUAACGGUCCCUAUAGCCCGGCUCCGCCCGCCCCAGGCACUGCCAUCACGCCGAGCUCCAGCGGCGCCAGCGCCACCGUAUCCAUCUGGAGCCCGGCCUCCAUCUCACCCCUGCCGGACCCCCUGUCCGCCUCCACCACCCCCUGCAUGCAGCGCUCCACUGCCUAUCCCAUGACCUACACCCAGGCUCCAGCCUACACCCAGGGCUACGCCAGCUCCUCCAGCUACUUCACCGGCCUGGACUGCGGCUCGUACCUUUCCCCCAUGCACACACAGCUGUCUGCCACCGGGGGUGCUCUCAGCCCCAUCACCGCCUCCUCCAUGGGUGGAGCUCUCAGCCAGUCUCCGGCCUCCCUCUCCUCCCAGGGCUACGCCACCUCCCUGGGCUUCGGCACCGUCGACUGUUUGGACUACAAGGACCAGGCGGCCUGGAAGCUCAACUUCAAUGCAGCCGAUUGCCUGGACUACAAGGACCAGAAUUCCUGGAAGUUCCAGGUGUUGUAGCAGGAUGACGACGAUGGCGACGAUGAGGAGGUGGGGCUUGAAGGAGAAGGGAAUUUCAGAAGGACUGUGUUGUCUGGUUGUACUUGUGUCUUUGAUUAUUUCAUUUCUUAACGCGAACAACGAUUCCUUGUACCUACUGUUUUGAGGACAAUCGUUCGGUUUCAAAAUACAUAAAAAUAUUACCACUAUGAUUCAUGUAUGGAGAUGAUAUGCAAAUUCAUAGUAGAUAUAUGUAUUGAGAUCAUACUGAAGAUUAAAUUUUAGGUUAAGUUAUUGAGUUAUUACGUAAAAGUAUGGCUAGCCUAAUGAAAGAAAAAGAACUGCUGUCUUAUUUUAUAAACUUUGUUAUUUUCUGUAAUUGCUGUGAUAAUCUGUGAAUCAGACUUGUGAAAACUGGCAGGAACACCUCUGUCCAGCCUACGGAAAGAUUGCAUUAGCCUACAGGCUUGACAGCCUGGCCAGAGCGGAAGACGGGUCUUCAAACCAAUGGUCACCAACCUUCUUGUUGGAGAUCUACCUUUCUACAAACCCUGAUCUGCUACACUUGAUCCAACUCAACCUAUUCACAAGAUCUGGACCGACUGGAUCAAGAUUUGAGGUGGAUCUGACUGCUGCAGGUAGGCAUGUAGGUCUUCAGAAGGUUCUUUGGUGACCACUAGGUGAACCACUAAUGGGAAUGCUGCUCCAAGAUGGAUCCUGAGACUGUCUACCUGUAAUCUCAUGCUCUGGCGAUUCUUCUGCUUUGGCAAUUUAAAAAAAGAGUCGUAUGUUUUUAGAAUCUUCUUUGUUUUUUGUUUUAUUUUUGACGCUGCUUUUCAAAAAAUGGACAAAUGCAACAUUUUUGAGCUCGCAUGAACCGAGAUGAACCACAAGGGUACGUCCAGUGAAAGGAUGGAUGGACGGAUGGAUGGUUAGACAGGGUGGCCUUUCCCACAGCAAAGACUCCAAGGCAUUCUGGGAGAUUCUGUGAGAACAUUCAAGUUCACCCUCUUCAUUUCUAAAAAAAAAAGGGUGGGGAUCAUUUUUAAAAAAUUGUUUCAGUUCAUCUUCAAUGGCUUAACACCGGUGCCGAACACUGCUUGUUUAAUAAACCCGGAAAGGGAAGAGUUGACGGCUCGGAAUGCAAAUUUCUCAGCCAAAUCAAACAGCUCAGCGAAAUUGCCUUGGGUCAUUCUCUAGAGCUUUCUCAUAUGACUCUGAACUGAUUCGAGAUCCAUAAAGUGUUCAGUUGUGAUUAUUGUGACUUUAAACAUUCGCAAGUUAAAAUUUAGUCAUAACUCAAAUUUAGAAAUUUUGAAAUUUAGAUUUUUUAAAAAUCUAGAAACGAGAACUUAAACCUGAAGGAAGAGCAGCACUGUCAUGUAUUCCUUUGUUCUUUGUCUUUACUUGUUUUCUUUUUCUUUUUUUUUUGUUUUUAAUGUUUAUCAUUUCUUUGCGACUGUGAGGUUUGCUUGACAGAUAAAAUCGUAAUUUUUCUGAAUAAGUAACAACGUUCUCGUCGCCAUCAUCAUUGACGCUAUCGAUGUGGAUAAAUUAAAUCUAUGGCUUAUGUUAUGAUUUUGACUUUUUGCUGUCGUCGUUGUUACAUUUUGUAAAUAUUGAGCUGUACUUGAAUGCUGAAAUGUCUGAAAUGCGCAACAUCACACCGACACAUGAAACCGGCUCGUUCUCUCACUCGACUCUUAAUUUCUAGAAAACUGCCAACUUUUUACUCUUCUUAUUCUGAUUGUUUUUUUCUUCAUUUCUUUGUUUGUUAAUUUCUCUUUUUAAGCUCAGGGGUUUAGCCUGCAGAUGUAGCAGCACUAUUCUGCCACACUAUUUAUGGUUGUGCAUGAAAAGCCAUAAACGAAUCAUUUUGAAUCUGUUUUCUUUCUUGACCUUCAUGAACUCUUGUUUCAUUUCGCAUUUUCUCCCAUUUGUGUUUGCUUUUGUCCUCCCAGUGAUAGACUUGAUAGUUUUCAUGUUUCAAAGUAUUAAAUGACUUCUAAU